AUGUCUGCCCGUCUUCUGGUGGUCUUAGUCUGCAUGGCAGAACUGAUGUCGCUGAUCGCUGCUGGCGGUGGCGGUGGAGGUCACAAGAAGGUCAUCAUCCACGUGCCAGUGUUUGUGAAGCACCAUCACCAUAAACACACCAUUGUGAAGCACAUACACCACAAGAGCGGCGGAGGUGGUGGUGAUGACCACUAUGAGGUCCUAGGGUACACUUACGGGGAACCCAAACCUGCACCACACUUCGGAGGAGGUCAUGGUUGGGGUGCGGCCGAGGAGUCCCAUGGCGAUGGCGGAUACGGAGACUCUCCUGUCAGCUUUGAAGGUGGAGACCACACAGGAUACGGCCUUGCUGAGAGUGAAGACGUAUCUUACGGCUCAGACAUAGGCCACGGAGGAUACUGA